GUGUCAGCCGAACCGAACCGGGGGCCGACAUGACGGGGGUGGCUUCUCCAGAGAAGGCGCCAGGCUCCAAGAAGAAGAGCGAGAGGAAGUGUGCCACCAAAGAGGAGUACAGACAGCUGUCCAGCAUCAUGGGAGUCAUGAACAACCUGAGGAAACAGGGCACCCUCUGUGAUGUGACCCUGGUGGUUCAGGGGAGACACCUUCCGGCCCACAGGGUGGUGCUGGCUGCUGCCAGCCACUUCUUCAGCCUCAUGUUCACCACCAGAAUGAUGGAGUCAAUGUCCCAUGAGGUGGAGCUCAGGAAUGCUGAGCCUGAGAUCAUCGAGCUGUUGAUUGAAUUCAUCUACACAGCUCGGAUCUCUGUGAACAGCAGUAACGUUCAGUCGCUGCUCGAUGCAGCCAACCAGUACCAGAUUGAGCCAGUGAAAAAGAUGUGUGUGGAGUUCCUCAAAGGACAAAUUGAUGCAACAAACUGCCUCGGUAUCUCCUCCCUGGCAGACUGUAUGGACUGUCCUGAGCUGAAGGCGGCAGCAGAGGACUUCUUCCAGCUGCACUUCACUGAAGUCUACAAACUGGAUGAGUUUCUGCAACUGGAUGUCACACAGCUCACACAUCUACUGCACCAGGACAAGCUCACUGUCCGUGCUGAGGCCCAGAUUUAUGACGCAGCAGUGCGCUGGCUCAAGUACGACGUGUGUAACCGACAACAGUACAUGGUGGAGGUGUUGGGGUGCGUUCGCUUUCCUCUGGUCUCCAAAACCUUCCUCUCCAAGACGGUGCAGGCUGAACCCCUCAUCCAGGAAAACCCGCAGUGCCUGAAGAUGGUCAUAAGUGGGAUGCGUUACCACCUGCUGUCCCUGGAGGAUCGGGAGGAUUUAGGAGAGAGCAGCCGACCUCGACGCAAGAAGCACGACUACCGCAUCGCUCUGUUUGGGGGCUCUCAGCCUCAGUCCUGUCGCUAUUUCAACCCCAAGGACUCCACUUGGACAGACAUCCGCUGCCCGUUUGAGAAGCGCCGGGAUGCCACAGCUGUCUUCUGGGACAAUGUAGUCUACAUCCUGGGUGGCUCACAGCUCUUUCCUAUCAAGCGCAUGGAUUGCUACAACGUUCUGAAGGACAGCUGGUACUCCAAGCUUGGUCCACCCACGCCUCGCGACAGCCUGGCAGCCUGUGCCGCCCAGGGCAGGAUCUAUACAUCCGGGGGGUCGGAAGUGGGCAGCUCUGCACUUGACCUGUUCGAGUGCUACGACACUAGAACAGAGUCGUGGCAGGUGAAGACCAGCAUGCUGUUGGCGCGCUGCAGUCACGGCUCGGUGGAGGCAAACGGGCUCAUCUACGUCUGCGGAGGGACGGUGGGCAACAAUUUGUCUGGCAGGGUCCUCAACAACUGUGAGGUGUACGACCCCAACACACAACAGUGGAGGGAGUUGUGUGGGAUGAGAGAGGGCAGGAAGAACCAUGGGCUGGUGGUGGUUAACAACAGGAUCUAUGCUGUUGGAGGGCAGGGGGCAAUGGGUGGACUGGACUCAGUGGAGUACUAUGACAUUGCCAGUAAUGAGUGGCGUGCUGCAGCGGCGAUGCCAUGGCGAGGCAUAACAGUGAAGUGUGCAGCAGUCGGUGAUGUCAUCUAUGUGCUGGCAGGGUUCCAAGGUGUGGGGCGGCUCGGACACACCCUGGAGUACCACACUGAUACUGACAGGUGGGUGACCUGCAGCAAAGUGCGAGCGUUUCCCGUCACCAGCUGCCUGAUCUGCGUGGUCGACACGUGCGGAGUCAACGAAGACGAAGACAUGGACCUCAUAGACUCUCAGUCACAUCCGGCAUCUGCUGCCUCGUCAUCUGCCUCAGCCUCAUCAUCCUCAUAGGACAAGAGGCAGAUUCAGUGUGUAUUAAGUUUGGACGUUUGACGUUUUGACCUCUGAAUCAGGCCUCCGGGCAACUGCAGAACUGAUUUUCAUGAAACGUGGCCUGACAGCUGAGAACGAGUUGCUAAUGAGGAAACAAACUGUUGUUUUGUUGUUGUGCUUUUUUAUGUCCAGCGGUCACAGAAACUGUUUGCUGUGUCAGAGCUGUAGGUCUUUAUUUUUAAAGUGCCAUUGGGACACUAUCCACAAAUGUAUGUUAUAAAGGGACUUUGGGUGACAGAGGAUUGUUGGUUUAGAUAAUAAAAAAUAGUAUAGUCUGUGUAUUAAUUGCUGUUAGAGAUUGUAGAUAUACUGCAGUCAUGUAUAGUUAAAUGUUGUUUGUGUGUAUAUAUUUAAUGAGAGAAGCUGAAUGAGAGAGUAAACGUUUUAUUCUCAGCCAUGUUACAGAUAAAAACAAGCUCAACAUGAUCAUUUUAAAAACA